GGCCGUCGUGUGGAUGUCACAGUAAGCCGCUGAGAAGGAAACCUCAUGGGCGUGAUGGCAACCAGAAUCCUCCUUCGACGACCGACUCUCGCGAACAGCCUCAGGGCGCCACGAUCACCUUUCAGCUCGCCCGCCAUGAUACGCUCCGAGAGCAGCUUUACUAGCUAUCUCGUCACGCCAGCUCAGCUCGACAAGUCUCUGAAGAAGAAUGCGCCAUCACGAUUGUCGACUGCACCCAAGACUAUCCCAGUAUGCGGAUCUUGGUUCCUGCCGAAUGAUCCGGAGCAGAGAACAGGGUAUGAGGUGUUCAAGAAAGCGCAUAGUCCGCAAGCUCGAUUCUUCGAUCUGGACAAGAUCUCCGAUACAUCCAGUCCAUAUCCGCACAUGCUUCCCAGCCCAGAGGUUUUCAGAGACGCAAUGAGAGGGCUUGGCAUUAAGCGUGAUGACACUGUCGUUGUGUAUGAUGCCGCGGAGACCGGCAUAUUCUCCGGGCCGCGAGUUGCCUGGACCUUUAAGGUGUUUGGUCAUCCAGAGGUGCACCUGCUGAACAACUUCAGGCUGUGGGUCGAGCAAGGCUACCCGACUGAGGAAGGCGACCAGAAGAAAUUCGAAGCGACCGAUUAUCCCACGCCGGAAUUGGACAAGAGUAAGGUAGCUGCCUUUGAGGAAGUAAGGCAGAUCGCUUGGGAGCACAAUAAGGAGGGCAGCGAGGGUGUGCAGAUCUUGGAUGCGAGACCUGAAGGACGGUGGAAGGGAACAGAUCCUGAGCCACGGCCAGGUCUUUCCUCUGGCCACAUCCCUGGGAGCACGUCACUUCCUGUACCAACUCUACUUGACCCAAAGACCAAGACUUUUCUGCCACCCGACGAGCUCCGCAAGAUCUUUGAGCAAAAGGGCAUUGAUCCGAAGAAGCCGAUCAUUUGCAGCUGUGGCACUGGCGUAACGGCGACUAUCAUCGAUGCUGCGCUCAAUGAGGCUGGCUACGGUGAUGGAAGUCGCCGAAUUUAUGACGGCUCUUGGACCGAGUGGGCACAACGCGUCAAACCAAGCGACAACCUCAUUGUCAAAGGAAAUUGACGAUGAGAGGUCUUGCUUCUCCCGUUGAUCGGCGUGGAUGUGCUGUCUUCAAGGCAGUAGCGUGUGCAGCGUACUCAUUGUAGGAUAUCAUGGAGGGCUUGUGGUUCGGGAAAUGUGAUUUGACGGAUCCGAAGUCAAUGAUGAAGAAGAAGUCUGUCGGUCAAGUGCGUUACCUUGGUCACUUGUCAGCGCUGCGGUCCACACAAUAGCUUAUGAAUCUAUUGUUUGCCUCGAUGGGAUC